AUGGGAAGACCUCGAAAAACCAGUGACAAGAUGAAUCAACGCAUCAUACUAGCGUCCAAGAAGAACCCGUUUUUGACGCCUCCUGAGAAUGCUCUAGAGGCUCCAGAAGGUAUUAACGAGAACAACGGGCCCUUCGAUGAAUGCCCAAAUAAUUCGGUUCCAGUAUUGAAUGAUAAUCCGGAAGCGCCACUAAUCAGCGAAGUGCAAUUGCCAGUGCUCCCGGUGGUCAAUGAUGAAAACGAAGUCACUGAUGGACGUCCAACAUUUACCUUGGGUGAUGAGCGCGAGGUCCCCGUGAUCGAUGAUGGCAAUGAGUGCUCAAAUGCUACAGGGAUUCAACCAAAUGAAAACGAGCCCGACCAGUCAGGUGCCAAUGAACCGCCUGCAAUCGGCAAUGUGGAAAAUGAAAUUUAUUUUCGUUUACCAGAUAAUGGCAGAGAGGUUGCAAAUAAACCCUUGGAAGAAGUCGUCGCUCAAUGGCCUGGUUGCAAGAUCGUUCACGGGAAACCGCGCCAUUCGCAGUCACAAGGAAGUGUAGAGCGAGCAAACACGGAUAUCGAGGAUAUCUUGAGCGUUCAUCAAAGAGAAACAAAAACUACCGCGUGUGCCCGAUUUUUGCCCUUGAUUCAAUAUCGUAAAAACAUCAGAUUUCAUUCUGGUAUUGAACGUAGCCCAUAUGUCGCAAUGUUUGGACGAGACUCUGAAAAUGCUUAUUUUACUAAGGAAGAAGUUUUGUCAGACGACGACGAAAUCCAGCAAAAAAGUGCCUACGAGGAGGAGGAGAAAACGCUUCAGGAAGAUAAUUCUACUCGUUACGCCGAUCUACGACUUGUAAGCUUCAUGGAUUCAAUUGAGAGUGGUGUUGAGAAAUUUCCUGAAUUCGCAAAUCAGGGGAAUAAUGACGCCUACUUUCAACUUGGGAUUGUUAGUCCAGUGCUUGGUGUUCAAAAAGAUGAGGAGCAAGCGGAAAUCGAUUGUCUACACGAUUCGAUUAUGAUAGAAAGACAUGGAGCCCAUUCUGCUCAAAAGAAUCAGAUUUGCACCAAU